AGUCUGUACAGAGCUAGAGCAGGGAGUAGUCUGCUCCCUGGUACGGAGGGAAGAAGCGUCAUCUUUCAUACCAAUCCAUGCUGGCAAGGCCCCCAUGCUCCUUGCUUCAGCUCUUAUUUGACUGUUUUUUAAUUUCUAGUUUUUUGACUCGCCAUGGCUUCCUUGACAAGAGCUUCGCGGACAGCGUUCCGCGUUCUGUCAUGUGGCUCGAGUGCAACGAAGGCGAGUGCAGCUGCUUUCAGAAAUUUCACUGUAUCCACAACUCGUUUUGAUGCUCAACUCAUCGAUGGAAAAAAGAUUUCUGCAGAAAUCCGCUCGGAAGUAAAGUCAGAAAUUGAUGGGCUGAUUGCCAAGGGUGAAAGACAGCCCAAGCUAGCUGUUGUCUUAGUAGGGGAAGAUGGAGCAUCUGCUACUUACGUCAAGGCGAAAAGAAAAGCUUGCAGUGAAGUCGGUGUGCUGGAUGAGACCAUCUUGAGGCCCACCAGCAUAACGCAGACCGAGCUGAUGAGUCUCAUUGCUGACCUCAACGCUAGAACUGAUGUAGAUGGUAUUCUCUGUCAGUUGCCUCUUCCCGAUGGAAUGAACGAACGUGCUGUCUGUGAUGCUAUUGAUCCAGCAAAGGACGUGGAUGGCUUCAGCGCAGCAAAUAUGGGUCAAUUUGCUAUGGGCCAGAAAUCUUUUGUUCCUGCCACUCCAGCUGGAGUAAUGGAGCUGCUGAAGCGAUACAAAGUGGAGACGUUUGGCAAGAUUGUUACCAUAGUUGGACGAUCGAAGAACGUCGGCUUCCCGCUUGCUAAUCUCCUUCACUCUGAUGGCCGUUACACUGAUGGCGGUGGUGACGCUACAGUGCUGCAGUGUCAUCGCUUUACAGAACCGCAAGAUUUGGAGACAUGCUGUCGUAUGUCUGAUAUCAUUAUUGUCGCCACCGGUGUCGUGGGUCUGAUUCGUGGUGACAUGAUCAAGCCCGGAGCCACGGUCAUUGACAUCGGACUGACGCGGGUCAAGGGCGAUGACGGAAAGAUGAAGAUCGUCGGCGAUGUACGGUACGACGAGGCGGUGAAGGUGGCGGGCUUGAUCACCCCAGUUCCCGGCGGUGUCGGCCCUAUGACCGUGGCUAUGCUUUGUAAAAAUACGCUGACCGCUUACCAACAGCGAUCUCGGUAAGCUCUUACUUAAUUCCAUGCGCUUAAAAUCUAGAUAGAGGUAUCAUCUAUAAAUGAACCUCCAUCGAGUCAUGAAAUAUGCUUGGGUUGCAUACAUACCAGUAGUUAGAUGUAUGGUUAAAUUUCUUUGCUUUUAGCUGGAACAGUGGUCACCUAUUGUGUCUGUGGCAUUUGUUUGUUUGCUUUUUAAACCCACAUUUCGUACUGAUUCUUACUGCUCAUUUUCUACAACCUGUUAUUCGCAAUAUAUAUUUUACCGCGAUGUAGGGACGUUUUAGUCUUUGUUUUCACGUCGAUUUGUCAAUCCUAGAUCCUGUGGGUCAGAACACUUAAAAAAAACUUAUAAUUGCUCGAA